AUGAAGUACCCGUUACUAGUAGUCACUACUGUUGCCUCGAUUCUGGCUCUUGUUUGUUUCGUGGGUGACAUGUUUGGGCUGUUCGAUGACUGGAGGGAUUGGCUCGACCCUUUGCUUCAAGGGGAGGACGAGGAGGACGAGAAAUCCGAACGUAUAGAGCAAAUGGAGGUCGAGAUAAGAGGCAUGAGAAGACUCAUUAUUCUGCUCACGGGGGAGAUACCUACUAGGUCAUCCUCCCCGAACGAACUCCCGGCGGACGUACAGUCAGCAUCGUUGGAUGAAGAUCUUGACGAGGACCAAACGUUUCGCGGAAUUUCAAGACCCAAUUGGCAGAAAGCCAGCCGACGGAGACCGUGA